AUGUCGCCCAGUAAAAACGACAGUCAUAGUACGAGUAAUCGCAAUGGCGAGAGUGUUGGACGCCAGACCAAUGUUCUCGCCAGUGCUUAUUGCAUUACUCCACUACCGGCGCCGGCGGGGCAAAGUGGUAUCCCUGAGGUCAUUUCAGGGUUACCAUCUCCUCCGUCAAGUCCCCCCCUCGCUGCACUUACCUCUGCCAACGAGUUCGCGCUCAUCUCCAAACCAAAGAAAUCGCGCGACAACGAUCACAAUGGCAGCGGCAUGAAGAGCAGUCGUAGAGGGGGGGCAUCGUAUUCUAUCCGGGAAGAGUGUGAGAGGCUCUUUUGCGAGACUAUGAAAGACGUUUUUCUUGGUGAAGAAGGACUAUCGUCGAGUAAUGGCUCAAUCGUGAUGGAUACGAUUAUAAAUACAGACACAAGAUCAACACCUCCUGUGGAGACACGGGAAUCGUAUGGCAUAAGUCACCAGCGCAGUCGCAAGGCCAGCAAUUUUCAAGGUCAAGAGAUUGAUGCAUGGAUUGAAAUCUGGGAUUACGCUGGAGGAUGUAGUUUCCGCGGGUUCGUUGGUGGUAAUGGAGAGAACAAAUCUCUAUUUGCAUUUUUCGACUCAUCUGUUAUUGGAAGAGAUUUGAAGCAAGGGCUCAUGGCAUUGAUCGAAAUGGCCGAAACUGUGUUCGCCCUUGAACAAGUCGUCGUGUGUGUCGAUCGCAGCGUAGAAGAGGCCGAUUGCAAAUCCUUCCUCAAAAGUCUCCGAUGGGUAGGCUUCGAAGCAGUCACAUUGGAUAUCUGGGCUAGUCGUCUUGAUGUUACUAGUGACAAGUGGUUGUUUCUGGGCAUGGAAAUCUAA